CAAAAAGUUGUGUUUGAUCCUGACAUGUCCCCGCUCGAGUUGUCAGUAGACUAGAAGAUGUUUGCAACUUCGUCAUUUGAAUUUGAAGGCUUAAUGAAAGUCCAACCAAUGGCUGGUAUUGAUGAAAAGUUAUUACAUAUUUUGGCCUGGACUAAGCUAGACUUCCUUAAUGAAAGGCGUGUGCGAACUGAUGUUUGGUUUUCUGGACCAAAGGAAUCUAAAAUCCAGGUGUAUUAUGAAUUUGGAAUAUUCAACACAAUUUAUGGAGGCGAAGAGAUGCCGAAUUGGAUUACAAAUAGAACCAUGGGGCCAUCAAUAUCAUUUAGAAUCCCAUCAUCUCCUAACACGUUUAGAGGAUUGAAUUUCUGUUGUGUGCUGACAUCUCAAUUUUUUCUGGAGGAGGGGCUUGGAUUUGUAGAUAAUGUACCUCUUAAUUUGCAAGUGAUCAUAAUUAGUAAUAUUACAAAGAAACUCACUUGGAUAUACCACCAUUACAUUGACAUAGUCUAUCUAUGUGGAAUGUAUUUGAUGUUGUCAAGCCAUUGGAUGUUUGGGAUGAAUGAGAUGGAAUGUGGUCAUCAGGUUACUAUUACUGUUAUCCUAGGGCAGAAACUGUAUGAUAUUGGUAGUGCAGUUACAAAGGAGUGUGGAGUGAAUUUUGUGUAUGAUGAUGGAAAGGAAGAAGAAGAAGAAGAAUAUGUGUUGGGUUAUUACAAAUCAUGGAACCACAUCAUUGGUGGAGAUCUCACUGGAUUUCAGUCAACCACCGAAGAAUACAUCCUAAACAAAAUUCGAAUUGUGCUGCCUUAUGUUGAUAUGGAUAUACCAAAAUAUGACAGUUUGUGUGGAGAAGGCGCCUGUUUUAAAGGAUUGAUCACAGCCAAUUGCUUAUGUGGUGACAAUACUGAUGCUUUUAGGAAGUCAACUGAUGGUCAAUGGGUCCAUGCCUUCUGUGCUGAGGCCGAAACUCAAAAACAUGGAGUUGAAGAAUGGAAUUCUCUAAAGAAAGUCAGGGUUCCAGCCAAGAUUUUGCAGGAUGCAGCUCAUGGAAAGAAUUACAAAUCAGAUCAGGAUAGUGGGGCAAGGAGAUUGUGUGAUGCCAUAGUGCUUGGAGGUAAGAAGAUGGCAAAAGAUGUGUAUACCUCUGAUGUCAUGGAAGCAUCUGACUGCAUGCUUGAUCAGAUGAAAGUUGUUCUUGUUUCCUUUUUUAAGAAAAUUCCAAUCUUCUUGUUGCAUUGUUUACUUAUACAGGAAGAGAUAUAUGUGGCAAGGGCACCUGGAAGAUUGGAUGUGGUUGGAGGAAUUGUAGACUACUCCGGAAGCCUUGUUUUGCAGGGAACCAUAAACAAGCCUGGUAUUAACCGAGCACUAAGGGCAGAUCCGGAAGAUGUGAGUCUUAGACAUCCCUGUGCCUCGAUUUAUGUUGAGCCUGGAAACUAUCACAAGGCUGCUGAAUCAUAUGAGCAAAUCUGGCAACUUUGUCCUAAAAAUCUUGAACCAUUGAAGACGGCAACAAUGGUUUCGACUUUGUACAUGUUUUGUGUUCUAUAA